GUCGAUUUCGUGCAACGUUAAAAUUAGUGUUUGGCAACAUUAUUCAACACUACAAAGGGACUGCUGUCAAAAAUGAUUGUUUCUGAUAUCUCAAACAAAACUAGUGUGUAACAUUUUCAAAUAUUAUUUCACAUUGAAAAGGCGAUGGAUAAAAAAGAUAUUACAAAGAUGUUAAAAAAAAAACUCAUAACUGAAAUUAAUAAGGAGAGAAAACAGAACCAGCUAAAGGACGAAAUUAUCCGGGAUAAACUCGAGUUUAAAAAGCGUGUGCCUGAUCUGCGACGCCAACUGGACAUAGAGAAGACCAAAACGAAGGCGUUGCGACUGAAGCUAUCGGCGCAGGACACGGAUGCGAAUGCUGAAGAGAAGUUCAAGCUGUCUUUGAAACUACAGAAGAUCGCCAAAGAAAACAAGUGCUACAUCUGCCACUUGAAGUAUGAGGUUACUGGAGGACAUCGCCCAGUUUCCAUCAAGUGCGGUCACCUUUUCGGUGAGAAUUGCAUCCUUGCUCACUUGGAUUGUAACAAUCAAUGCCCCAUCUGUAAAUCACUGACUGACACUAUGGACAUUCGCUUCAUUAUAGCAGGCCAAAAUUUGUGCACGGCUGAAUUAAUGGAAUGAACAUAUUAAUAUUAAGUGCUUUAAGUUGGAUACAACAAAAAAAAAUGCAAGCAAAAGAGAAAGUAGCAAUUUAAGUAAUUUGCGAGCACUAAUGAAUAUGGUCAAUUAUAAUUUUUAUGGGAUGCUUAUGUAACAAACGCAACUCGUUAAAUGAUUAAAUCCUCAUAAUCGUGUUCUCAA